GGUAAAAAAGGGAAAAGAAAUCCUAAUAAACCAAGACUAUCUAUACUCUAACACUAUGCAUGCAUAUAAAAUCUAUUAUCAUUAGUACGACAAUGAAUUCACAUCUAAUUCUUCAUAUUGUACGCUAAAGAUUCUUUUAUUGGUAUGAUGAACAAACUUCCUCUAAAUUGAUACAUAAAAAGAUAUUCUCGGAAUAAGAAACAAUACCUUAGCAUAAAUCCUUUGAGAUUUGCUUUGACGGAGUCCCGUUUGUUAGGAUUUUAAUGUCAAUAUAUUUAGUUCAAGAAACGAGAAUUUAGCUAUCAACAUAUUGGGUUGCCCUAUGAAUAUUUCCCAUUUUCACUUAUCAAAUUUUUGUAUUAUACUUUUUGUUUGGACUAACUAUCUCAGGUACGAAUCAAAGUUUAUCCAAAAAAUUAUUGAGGAGGUUUGGAGUAAAGUGAACCCUACAUUUUUGAAUGUCGCCAUCCAUCCGGUUGGAAUAGAUUCUCCUGUCAAAGACAUUUGUUUCUUACUAACCAGUGGACCAAAUGAUGUCCGCAUGAUAGGGAUCUUGGGCAUGGGCGGAGUAGGCAAAACGACCAUUGUCAAAGCUGUCUAUAAUCUAAUUUUUCAGCAAUUUGAAGGUUCCUGUUUUCUUAUGAAUGUUAGGGAAGUUUCAGAACAACUCAAUGGUCUACUUCAUUUGCAAGAGCAAGUUCUUUCUGAAAUUUUGAGAGUUCAAAAUCUUAAAAUUGACAAUAUUGAUAGAGGAAUCAAUUGGAUGAAAGAAAGACUUUGUUCUAAAAGAAUUCUUCUCGUUCUUGAUGAUGUGGACCAUGUUAGCCAACUAAAUUCAUUAGCCGGCAACCGUGAUUGGUUUGGUCCAGGGAGUAGAAUCAUUAUGACUACUAGAGAUGAGCAAUUGUUGAACAAAGUUAAAGUAGAUGAGAAAUAUGAGGCUAAGGGGUUGAAAUACGACGAGUCUCUGGAACUCUUCAGUUGGCAUGCCUUUAAACAAGCCAUGCCUUUAGAAGAUUAUUUGGAUCUUUCAAAUGGCAUAGUAACCUAUACCAAAGGGCUUCCAUUAGCUCUUGAGGUUUUGGGUUCUUAUUUGAAUGCAAAAAGCAUACGAGUAUGGAGAAGUGCAUCUGAGAAAUUAAAACAAGUGCCUCCUUGUCAAAUUCAGAAAAAACUAAGAAUAAGUUUUGAUGCACUAGAUGAUGAUAAAAUAAAGGAUAUCUUCCUUGAUAUUGCAUGUUUUUUUAUCGGUAUGGAUAAAGACUAUGUCAUUAACAUAUUGGAUGGUUGUGGUUUCUUCUCAGAAAUCGGAAUUAGUGUUCUGAUUAAUAGAUGUUUAUUAAAAGUUAAUGAACACAAUGAAUUAAGGAUGCAUGACUUAAUUCGGGACAUGGGAAGGGAAAUAAUUCGUGAAGAAUCUUCUAAACAGCCUGAAAAACGUAGCAGACUAUGGUAUCAUGAAGAUGUAUGUGACGUGCUAGAAACCCACAAGGUAAGACAUCAUUCUUUUAAUGUUAACACUUUUCAUAUAGCUUUGAAUACUCACUCACACACACACACACACACACACUCUCUCUCUCUCUCAAUGUAUAUAUAUACAUUCACACACACAUUCGUCUCCCUUUCUAUUGUCUAUAUCUUGCAAAUUACUUGUGAAAUAAGUUCUUGUUCUUUAUAAAAUUUAGGGAACAGAUGCAAUUGAAGGU